AUGUCCUCCAAGUCCAUCGAAGAGAUCCUCCGUGAGGGCUCUGCGGGUAUAAACCCUUCAAUCAAGCCCAACAAGAAGUUGCGUGACUUUCAAGCCGACGUCUUCAUUGCCGGAAGUGGUCCUAUCGGUGCGACCUAUGCACUUCUGCUCGUCGAGGCUGGUUAUAAGGUUGUCAUGUGUGAACUCGGCGCUGCCGAUAGCUUCAAGGCGACCACUACCGAGGAUGGAAGCGCAGAUGCAUUCAUCCCCGGCGCUCACAAGAAGAACGAAGUCGAGUAUCAGAAGGACAUUGACCGCUUUGUUAAUGUGAUAAAGGGUGCCCUCAGCGUUGUAUCCGUUCCCGUCAAGAAUGUAACGUCAGACACGCUCGACCCGACGUCUUGGGGAGCCGGAGGGGACGAGCUCCCAGUUACGAACGGAAAGAACCCAUCGCAGGAGGCUAAUCUAAACCUGGCUGCAGAGGCAGUGACGCGCGGUGUGGGCGGAAUGACGACACAUUGGACCUGCGCCACCCCCAAGUUCAACCGCCAGGGAGAGCUCCCCCGAAUUGUGUCGAACGAACAGGAGAACUUCGACGCCUGGGAAGAGCUAUACGAAGAAGCUAUGAAACUCAUCGGGACUACCACUCACGCAUUUGACAAGUCGAUUCGCCACACGCUCGUCCUCCGCACCCUUCAAAAUGCGUUCAAUGGUACGAACGGGAAGCCCAAGCUCGACUUUGGGCCUCUUCCGCUGGCGUGUCAUCGCAUGCCGAACCCAGACUACGUCUACUGGCACGGCACGGACGUUAUUCUGGAGAAGAUAUACACCAAUCCCGAGCUGAAGUCCAGAUUCAGAUUGCUCACGAACCAUCGUUGCACCCGUGUGGCCGUAUCUGAUCAUCAUGCUGAUGGGACGUGGACGAUCGGCGCAGCUGAAGUGAAGGAUUUCUUAGCAGACGUCAGCAACCACGAGGAGCAGCAUUCGUACGUUCAGGCGAAGAUGUAUGUCAUCGCCGCGGGUGCCGUUGCUACACCGCAGAUCUUAUUCAACUCAGGAUUUGGGCGGAAGACGACUACAUCCAUGACUACAUCCAUGCUUCCAACCAUCCAUAACUUGGGCACGCAUAUAACAGAGCAGCCCAUGUCCUUCUGCCAAAUCGUUCUCAAGACCAGUCUACUCAAAACCAUCCCGAACAACCCUUACAAUCUCUCGUGGUGGAAGGAAAAGGUCGAUUACCAGAAGGCGAAACAUCCGGAGGAUCCUUUAAAAUUCCCCUUCCGCGAUGGAGAACCGCAAGUAACCAAGCUAUUCACAAAGGAUAAACCAUGGCACGCCCAGAUCCAUCGCGACGCCUUCUCAUACGGCGCUGUUGCUGAGACGAUCGACACACGGACUAUCGUUGACUUCAGAUUCUUUGGAUACGUGAAGCCCGAAGCAACCAAUAGGAUCGACUUCGAGACCAAGUACGAGGACGGAUAUGGCAUGCCCCAGCCCACGUUCACAUUCCGCAUGAGCGACGACGACAAGACUCGUGCUCAUGACAUGAUGACGGACAUGUGCAACGUGGCUAAAGAACUCGGAGGCUGGUUGCCUGGCUCCGAGCCUCAGUUCAUGGCUCCGGGGUUGGCUCUUCAUCUUGGCGGCACUGUUCGCGCAGGUCUCGACUCGAAGGAGCAUGUCGCGGACACGAACUGCAAGGUCUACAACUUCUCAAACCUUUACGUCGGAGGCAAUGGGGUGAUUCCAACCGGCUAUGCAGCCAAUCCCACCCUCACCUCCAUGGGGUACGCCAUCCGUUCCGCAAGAUCCAUCAUCAACGCCCUUGAGAGCGCCAAAUGA